UAGAAAAACAAGCAUCUUGUCGAGCAUACAUCCUACGUAUGAUUGGAGGGUUAUUGAUGCCUGACAAAUCCAACAACCGGGUACAUUUAAAAUAUCUUUCACUGUUAGGAGAUUUACAAAAAGCAUCCCAAUAUAGUUGGGGUUCAGCCGUUUUAGCUUCACUAUAUAGAGAACUAUGUCUUGCAACGAAACCCGGUGUAAUGUCUAUGGGAGGCUGUGCAUUGUUGUUGCAAAAUUGGGCAUGGUAUCGUUUGUCUUGUGUCGCUCCAGAAUCACCCAAUCCAUGGAUAUUUCCACUUGCACAAAGAUUUAAUUCUGGUGGUCUAAAUUUCGGUAAAAUUUCUCAUAACGACAUAGAAGGAUACCGAAAAACAAUUGAUCACAUGAUGGUUGACGAAUUCUAUUGGAGACCUUAUCUCAUGUUCCAACAUGAAGUUUCAGAAGAAGAGAUGGUCACUUGGACUGCAUGUACCUAUCUGCAUUGUUUUCAUAUUGUUGAAAAACAUCAUACAGAUAGGGUCACACUUCAGUUCGGCUUCCAUCAACAAAUACCACAACCACCGGAGGACAUGAGAGCGUACCAUGAGGUCGACAUGAGGCAUGGGGUUGAUGAUAACUGGAAUUGGGUUUGGAGGGAAGAAAUUCAACAUUGGAAUGAGCGUCACAAUCACGUGUUGCAAGGUAAGAUCGUAGAAUGUCUUUUAUGCCACAACAAAGAAUAUAUGAUUUGGUUUAGACAACACACCGAAUUAUUUAUCGGUCGAACAAUAUCUCCGUGAUCCCCGUUUGCAACCACCGUCGUAUCCUUUUGUUUCGUCGACCUCCCAAUCAAGCCUAGAACAACAAAACAUGACACAACCAUCUCUAUCAUCACCUCAUCUACACGUCCCUACUACAGAAGUUCCAUAUCCACAAACGACUCAGUACUACGUUCCAGUUCCAGAAAUACCAACCCCCGGUCAUCCAACAGAAAAUGGACUUUUCUAUAAUUUGUUUGGAACUAAGUGCACAACUCCUGAGUCGGCUUAUGCUGUGUUUGACUCCAUGUAUAAUAUUUCGUCUCAAACUUAUAUGAAAACAACUGGUAGUGGUUCUAAUCCACCUACAACUAACGUUCAGAAUAAUGAUCAGGAUGAACCAAAAGAACCUCAACUCGUUCAAAGGGAUAGACGAGUUCGACGAAAUCCUAGAUGUGGAACUAGAGGUCAUUUAGGUGGACAUUAA